AUUGGAUUAGGUUUUGAUUUAUUAAAUUCUUUAAAAUGUCUGCAACAAUAAAGUUAGGAAAAACUACAAUUAAAAGAAAUGAUGGUAAUGUUUAUAUUAUAGCGGAAAUAGGACAAAAUCAUCAAGGAAAUUUGGAAACGGCCAAGCAAAUGAUAUUGGAAGCAAAGAGAAUUGGAUGCGAUUGCGUUAAAUUUCAAAAAUCAUGCCUUGAGGCAAAAUUUACUGCCGCGGCUUUGCAACGGCAAUACGAGGAUCCUCACUCCUGGGGAAAAACUUAUGGAGAACAUAAAAUGCAUUUAGAAUUCUCAAUAGCACAAUACCAAACAUUGAAAGAACUGUGUGAGAGGAUUGGUUUAGAUUUUACAGCAUCGGCAAUGGAUGAGAUCUCAUUGUAUCAGCUAGAUGCCUUGGAUGUUCCGUUUAUAAAAAUUGGUUCUGGAGACGCUAACAACUUUCCAUUAUUAAAAAAAGCGGCGCAAUUAAAACGACCGUUGAUUAUCUCUACGGGUAUGCAAAAUAUGAAAACAAUUAACCGUAUAGUAGAAAUAAUGAGAGAAAAUAACAAAUACGACUACGCGUUAUUGCAUUGUAUUUCUGCAUAUCCGACUCAGCCACAAGAUUGCCGAUUGCGGAUGAUAACUUUAUUUAAACAAAAAUUUCCGGAUAUAUUAAUUGGUUAUUCGGGACAUGAGCUAGGAGCCGAAAUAUCGAAAGCUGCUAUAAACCUGGGGGCUAGCAUUCUAGAGAGACAUUUCACUUUAAAUAAAAAGCAAAAGGGUUCAGAUCAUCAAUGCUCACUGGAACCCCAGGAAAUGGAACAACUUGUUUAUUAUAUAAGGAGCCGCAAAAGUUCUGGAUUUAUUUUAAACGAUCUACACGAUAAUGAAGAGCUCAUGGCUGCCUUAAAUCCGAUCGAGGAGAGACGCCUGUUUCCUUGCGAAUUUAAAUGUCAUUCAAAAUUAGGUAAAUCUUUGGUGGCAGCGCGGUAUAUAUCAGCUGAAGAAAUACUUGAUGAAACUGACAUUUUAAUAAAAGUUAGCGAGCCCAGCGGAAUUUCCGCCGAUGAAUAUUACAAUGUUAUCGGUGCGCAGAUGAACGAGAACAUAUACCAAGAUUCUCCUUUAUUAUGGAGGCAUAUAAAAAAGUAAAUCAAAAAAUUCGGAAUAAUUCUAUUUAAUAAAUACUCAUCCAUUAAUUAAGGAACAAGACAUUUUCUUUAUGUUUUUUCUU